AGAGGGGAGCCCACUUACUCACCCGCUGAGAGAGCUGCAGGGUACAAAUAGGACUGAAACAACAAGAGAUCUUUAGUAGUCCAAGCCACCGUUGGAAUUUUCCCUGGUUUUUGUUCAUUCCAAGGAUUGUAAACCAGAAUCUAAACAUUAUGUCCCAGUCUGGUGAAGUGAAAAAGAAAAAGCGGCCCCCGAUGAAGGAGGAGGACCUGAAAGGAGCCAGAAGCAAGCUGGGCAUAAAGGGUGAAGUAAAGAGCAAGACCUAUGAGGUGAUGGUGGAAUGCGAGCGCAUGGGAAAAGUGGCCCCAUCGGUGUUCAGUGGGGUGCGUUCUGGCACAGAGACGGCCCUUAGAAGCCAGAACCAAGCUCCACCUUCCAGCGUCUUCGGGAAGUGAAGAACAGAGAACAGCUUGUUCCUGUCUUUCAGAGAAAGAAAGAAAGAAAGACAUGGAGAAAGAGAAGGACAGAUGGAUCAUGCUAUAGUCACUGUGUAUUUUUGUAUUUGUUUGACUGUUAUUAGUAUUAAAGUCCAUGUUUGUCCCCAUGUAGGUCACAGACGCUAUCUAAUGAGAGUUACCAGAAAAGACUACAUUCAUCCAACAGAGCAUGUUAAUGUUAACUUUGUCAACAACUGUUUUUAACCAUUUUAUGUAUUCAGUAAUACAUUUUUAAAAUAAAAUUAGAUGCCAUGAGAACAACAA